CGGUCGUCGUUUAUAUGUUCGGUUAUUUUGCUUCUCAUCUAGCUAGCUAGAUAGCUAACCAGCUUGUGAAUUUGGGGAAAAUGGCUGAAUCGUUUGAAGAACGUCUCGUAAAAGCUGUCAAAGAGCAUACACACUUGUAUGAUACCUCAAUGCGUUUACAUUUCGACAAAGAGGCUCUCGAACACAGUUGGCGCGAAAUUGCUACAUAUUUAAACUCCGAUCCAGAUACUUGCAGGAAGAAAUGGAGACUUGCAAGGGACCGUCAUGUGAGAGCACUGAAAAGGUCUAAGGACAUGCCAGAGGGUGUACCGAGGCCUGGAAGCCUGAGUUGGCUCACCAUUUUUAUAAAACAUCGGCAAACCAAUCCAAACUUUCCCGAGAUCUCAGCAGACAGAGUUGAGAGUCCUAAUGACAACCUGGAUCAGACUCCCUUGUUUUCAGACCAGGCAGGUAAGCCAAUAUUAGAGGUGUGUAGUUGGCUACAGACACGAUCCUUAUGUUUCCAUACUGGCUCCUUUUUUUAUUUUCCUGUAGGUCCACUGUUCCCUUUAUCAUCUUUCCGUCUCCUGGUUCCACCUCUACGACUGAUGUCAGCUUUCAUGUGGCAAGUGGCUCAAGAGCGUAAUGUGAUGCACUAUGGGAAGCUGGAGGAGUUUGUGACUUUGGUGACAGAGAUGGUUCCAGAGCUGCUGAGCUCCAGGCAGAGGACCCAACUCAUCCUGGGUCUGAGAGCAAGGAUGGUUUUAGAGUUGUUUCGUAAUGAAAACCCACCGGACCCCCAGACCAUCCAACUUAAUUUGGACAGAAUCAAAACUUCUUCAGUACAUGCUGUGCACAAGGAUUCACAGAGUAGAAAUGAGUUGGAGUCUUCAGAGUCUAACUUCGUGGAGCUGGUCAAAACCCUGCUCGAAGACCCUUCUGAGAAGAAGCACUUCUUCCAGGUGGUGUUCCCAAUACGUUAUGGCCCUCGGUAUGACACAGCACUGCAGAUACUGAUGUGGGAGUUUCUCUCCCGACUGGAGGAGCUGCUGCCUGUUCCAGACCUCACAGAGACAGCAUCUUGUCUCAGCCUUGCCCCCUCUGACCUGGAGGAGUUCUGGCAUUCUGUCUCUGACCCCGAGCACCUGAAGACACUGCUGCAGCAUCAUAGACAUCUGGGUCAUUUGAGCAAAAAUGAAUUCUCCAACCAGGUCGCAGACAACAUCUUGUCCACAUUGUCAAUUCCUCAAAUUCAUGGCCUGAAGUCAAGCCUUGAUGGACAUGAAGGCAUGAAAGGGAGCACAGAGGGGAGGAAAAUCAACAGAGAGGAAGGAGAGUUGCAUUUUGAAAAGAACUUGGAGGAUGAUGGAAGUGAGAGAAAUGAAGACACUGAGAGGGGAUUGAAGGAUGAGGAUGAUGCAAAGUGGACCUCCCCUCUGAGUGAACAAGAGGACUCGGAUGAACCGGCUAGUGACAUGCACUCCCAGGUCUUCUCCUGCCCCCAGUGCCCAUUCUCCCACAGGGAAAUGGUGGACCUUCAUCAGCACAUCAGGAAGGAACAUCUAACAGAGGAGGACAGCAGGAGCCUGGACUCUGGAGGAGCUGAGAACUCACUGCCAUCCAGUCCAACAGCCAAGAGCUCCUCAGCCAAGAGCUCCUCAGCCAAGAGCUCCUCAGCCAAGAGCUCCUUAGUAAAGAGCUCGUCAGCCAAGAGAAUCAAUAACAACACCUGCAAACAGUGUGGGAAGGGUUUCAGAUGCACAACUGACCUGAAACGACACCAAAGUGUUCACACCAAUGUGCAGCCGUUCCGGUGCAAUCAGUGUGAGAAGAGAUUCAAAUCGGAGAGAUAUCUACAACUGCACAAGAAAAGUCACGACGUAGAACCGAUGCACAGGCCUAUUUGCCAGCACUGUGGCAAGAGUUACACUAGUGCAGCUGUCCUCAAAAUACACAUACGUACCCACACCGGAGAGCGGCCUUACUCCUGCUCAGUCUGUGGGAAGAAGUUCAAUCAAAAGCACACAUUAGUUAGACACCUCCGGAUGCACAAAGGAGAUAGACCAUACCUGUGUAGCGUAUGCGGGAAGGCUUUCUUUGUUUCCGGGGAACUCUUAGUGCACAUGCGUUUUCACACAGGGGAACGACCUUACCGCUGUAAACCGUGUGGAAAGGCUUUCAGCACGUCAUGCGCUCUCACGUCGCAUAAGCGAUGGCACUCAAACGAGCGCCCGUUCACCUGCUCCCUAUGUUCAAAGGGCUUUGCGGAAACUGGUGGCCUUAAAAGACACAUGUUUAUUCAUACUGAGGAGAAGCCCCAUUACUGCCACACGUGUGGGAAAGGAUUUAGUCAGUUGAGCAACAUGAGAAUACAUUUGAAAACUCAUAAAAAAUAAUGUCAUUGGCUCUUUGUCAGACUAAAGGAAUUUUUAACUAGUGUAAUGUUUAUUUCUCCUUGAGCUCAAAGCCAAAAGUAAGGAAAAAAUGAAAUUGUAUUAUAGGUAAUGUACAUCGUCCUGACAAAGUAUCCAUUCUGUUAUUUUCCCCUUGGUAAUGUGAUCUGUUAAGGAACUUUGUGCACAGACUCCACAAUGACACUGAGGUUUUACUUAGUGCACUGCCAACUGCACUGUACUCUGUGAGCACAGUAGGGUUAACAUGGUGUAAGUAUCACACGUAGUUCGUGUAGGCCGUUCUGUACCUGAAGUAAUGAAAAGUUUUGACUACAACUA